AUGGACGAUGGGGACACGGCGGCGUUGUUUCGAGACGGAGAGCGCGCUGAGAGCAGGAAUGGUGUACCUGAUACAAUAGACCUUGUGACUGGAGGGCUGAUCAAUGUCUCCACUGAGCGACUUCUGCAGGAGUCCCUGACAGGUUUACUUGGUAGUGUGAUAGGUGGUAUUGAUGAGGAAAGUCGCGGCUAUAUCAGCGAUACGGAUGUGGUCGGGAGACGUCUUUUCGAGGAUCUAAAGGUUUCUUCAGCGGAUGACGAGAUUCCCACAACUGGACAAGAAGAGAGCCGGUAUGAAGGUUUGCCGAAAGACACCAUGUUCCAAAUAAGGCAAGUGGAACACGUUUUGGAGAUGCUGUACAACACGAUACAAGUGUUCCUGCUGAGAAACUCGAUGUCGCUGACGUUUUUGAAGAUGUUCAAAGCGUAUGUCCAACAUUUGGUUGAAUUUGAUCGCAAUCCAUUGAAGGAUCCCAAUCUUCUGAUUUUGCAAGAUGAGUUGCAUAAAAAUAAAUUGAUGCGGCUAACUGAACCGAUAGAAAAAGUCAUCAAGACUUUCUUGAUUGAGCCAGACAACUUGAUUAUGCGGUUUACGUAUUUUGAGUUCCAAUCAAGAGAGAGAUUGUUAAAAACUGCAUUAUCAUUGUGGAGAAUCAAGCUUGCUGGGCAUGGGAACUAUUUAAUAUACGAGAGGUUUAUCAGGGCGAAGUUUUUCGGUUCAUGGAAAGUAACUGCUGACAAGUAUGCCAAAGAAUUAUUGCAACAAAGCGGAUUUGCUAACGAGCUGAGAUUGAAGGAGUUUGUUCUGGACAAAUUGCUGCUGAAACUUGAUGCCAGCAAACGAAUGGGUUUGGUGGCAGAUAACAAAUUCAAUCGGGUAUACUGGAGGAAAAUAGUAAAAAGAUUCGAUAGCCUUGCGAAAGCGGAGAACCAUUUACGCGACUGGAGGAGAUUAACGAGUAUGAACUUGUUUUGGCGAAAGUGGGUCCUAGAACACAAAGCGCAGAACUUCCAUCCUCGAUCAUUGCAUUUGCAAAGGGGGAUGUUAAGGAAAUGGGGUGGGAAAAUUAACGCCCUGCAGGAGUUAUAUGACAGGGCGAGAAUAACAAACUACCUGUUUAUGAUCCAGCCUAAAUUCCUGAAAUGGGGAAAAAGUUUAAGGGCUUCUUCUGCGUCGCAACAGGAACUGGAGCGGAGGGAACCCCUGUUUGUCAAAAAAAUGUAUCUUGGGGUUUGGUUGAGGUCUCUAAAUAUGGUCAAACAGGAGACUAUAACAAAAGACAUACUACAGAGGAAAUUAUUAAAAUACAUUCUAACAAAGGUUUGGAGGCGGAGGUUCCAGGAACAGUUGCAUUUUUAUUCUUUGUCUAGCAUUAACGAUGAGCGACUAAAACGAAGGUGCCUGUUGUCAAUGAAGAAGCAAUUUUAUUCAAAUGUGAAAGCUGAUCAAAUACUUCGCGAAAUAGUGUUGAAGAAAUUCAUAAAGAUUUGGCAGGCACUGUUGCUGUCCAAAAAGAUAGAAUCAGGAAAUGAAGACAACUGUUUGAAGAAUUGCAUGCAUAUAUGGAUGAAGCGGACGAAACUUCGCGGGCUAUCUCGAAGAUACACGGAAAACAAACUGUUGCGACCGUGGUACAGUAAGUGGAGUGUCCGUGUGACAAAGUUGAUGGAACAAGAGAAAGCUGCCAACUCUGUACACUGUAAAAAGAUUGGAAAACGGAACUAUAACAUAUGGCGGAAGCAGUUUGCCAAAAUUGUUGAGCUUGACGGACGACUCGAAAUUAUUGUCAAAAUGAACGCCCUUGGGCGAAUUGGGACGAAAUUAGAUCAUCUCUCGCGUCUUGACCGCGUAUUCGAUACGAGGGCGAAACCAUUGUCCUCGCGUCGGAUUCGAACAAAAUAUUUACGGGUAUGGGAGGAGAGACACAUUUUGCUAACGGAGGUCCGACUAUCCGAGAGGCUCAGUAUCUACCGUGCCAGACGGGAUAGGAAGCUAGUGAUGGCAAAGUUCCAAUCCUAUCUUAAAAAAUUACGCCUGUUCCAAUACGAGCUACCACGGUAUGCGGUCGAACAGCACAACCGCACUCUCAGAGGGAAAAUAUUUGGUGUUAUGGUUGAGAGACAUUUAGAGCGGGAGAAUGUGCUCCUCUCCGCGGACACGGUGCGAGACCGAACAAUCUUGUACGACAUGUUUGCACUUUGGGCCUACCGUAAAUUUGACAUUGAUGAGUUAGCUGAGGAGCGACUCAACGAGCGGAACCUGCGGUUACUCUCGACGACCUUACAAGGGUGGAGUCUGCGACACUUCAAAGCAGUCCGAAACGAACGUACAAUGCAACUGUUCCGCCAGCGGUGGGACCGUGCUGUCCUCCGCGGACUACUGUUACUCUGGAGGAACCGACAGUUGGAAACCAUACAACCUGUGGUCCUGGAGGACACUACAGGGAACAACACUCUGAAGACUCCAAUGAGGAAACCUGACGACAGCACGUUCCCCGGGUCAACGGAUAUCCGCCGACACAAGAUGGCAGAGACGAUCAGCCGCUACAGAAAGGCGAGACGCGCGAUCCCGAGCCCGUUGAAAAGCUCGACUUCACUCACGACGCCCACCAAGAGGAUGUUCCAGCAGCGAGGACUGCGCGGACCUACGGACAGCACUCCGAGACCUCCGAAGCUGGACUUCGGUAACUUGCAACCGCUGAGACCCGAUUCCACACGGGAAACAACCCGAGCAUCACGCACGGCGAGACUGAACGGAUCACCGACGCACCGGUAA